AUGUGUUUCUACACAGCAAUUGAUGGGCAACGGUACACUCAGCGCAGAUUGGAGUUCGAAAGUAACACAAUAGCACCAUCAAUGCCGAAGAACGUGCCUAUUGAAAGACAUGCGUCGGAGUUAUAUACACAUACGCUGUUUUUGGAGGUGCAAAAAGAGAUAUACAGAGGCAUGACAUUCUGCUAUAUUGCUUUAAAAACCCCAGAACUUGAUGGGGUAAAAAUUUAUACCAUUGUUCAUACUAACAGGCAGUACAAAGAUAUUAAUGAAUUUGAGGUCAGUUUUGAUACACGUGAUAGAUCGGUUUCAUGUUCGUGUAUGGGUUAUACGCGCCUUGGCUAUUUGUGUAGGCAUGCCUUUUGUGUGUAUAGAUACAACCAGGUUGAUGAAAUUCCCGUUCAGUAUCAACCUGGUAGAUGGAAACGAGACAUAUUGCCAAGGAGGGUUUUUAGCAUGUCGAACAGGUAUUCUGCCGAUACAGACGCGGAAUCUGUAAUCCGGAAUGAGAUUUUUGAUUUGGUCAUUGAGUGUACUGAUCGUUUAAGGCGUAAUAUUGGUAAACUUUCUGAGUUUUCUGGUGAAAUUAAAGAAUUUAGGAACCGUGUGUUUCGCGAAUUCCCGACCGAACCGGCGUGUAACAAGACAUCAGCUGUGAUCAGUGACCUUCUCAAACAGCCUGAAGAUAUGGAAGUCUCGAUAAAUCCGCCACAAGGCAUCCGGAACAAAGGGUGCGGUACCAACCAUCGACUCAUUGGUCCCGGGGAAAAGGCUGUUGUUAAUAGUGCUAAAACUACUAGGCUGUGUGGAAAAUGCAAGAAAUACGUUAAUGAUCAUGACUCACGUAAUUGUGAAAAAGUUCGGGCUGCCAAAGAAGCCGCAGCUGCUGCUGCAAAAGCUGUUAAAGCUGGUAACGUUGUUGUUCCAGAAGAUUCAUGUCACGUUGGUGUCGUUGAUUUGUCUAACGGUGAUACAUCUGUUGGACCAUCGUCUCGCAUUUGUACUCGGGCCACUAGAAGAUCCACUAGAAGAUCUACCAUACGUUCGUCCGACCUGCUUGAAGAGUGA